AUGGCUGCCGUGCCAUUCAAGGUGAAGGCCAUUUACGAGUACACCUCGAGCCACGAGGACGAUCUGCCCUUUGGAAUUGGCCAAAUCAUAACCGUCACCGAUAAUGAGGAAGAUGAUUGGUACGGCGGUGAAUAUGUUGAUGAUUUAGGGGUGAGGCGAGAGGGAAUAUUUCCCCGAAACUUCGUGGAGAAGUAUGAACCGACUGCCCCGCCACGUCCAACAAGAACUCGUAAGAAGGAGGCAGAGGCCCCUUCCUCGCCUCCGCCGCCACCAACAGCUGCUCCAUCCUCUCCACCGCCUGUGGAGGAGCCUGCGGAUAUACCAUCAGAAGUAGCCUACGGAGAACCACGUGUUGCUUCACCGCCGAUUCCAGUUCCCGCUCCCCGCUCUCCUCCGGCCCCAGUUGCUCCUGUAGCUAAACCGCCAGAGCCAGCCCCCAUCCCGGCUCCCGUCCCCGUCCAACCUAGGGCUUUCGAGCCGGCAAGCCCACGAGUCGCUGCUCCGCCGGUAUCAAAAUCUCCAGCUCCGGGUCCUGCUCGAGCCGCUCCCCCGGUGUCUGAGAAGCCCGGUGGCAAUUCCUUCAGAGAUCGUAUAGCAGCUUUUAACAAGCCAGCAGCUCCUCCGGUUGCCCCUUUCAAACCUGGCAACCUUAGCUCCGGCAGUUCCGGUUUUAUCAAAAAGCCUUUUGUCGCUCCCCCGCCCAGUAGAAAUGCUUUUGUGCCUCCGCCUCGCGAUGUGCCUACCGCUAAAGUAUAUCGACGGGAUGAAGAUCCCGAGAUCAAAGCUACAGAGGCAGAAUCUCUAGAAAGUGCGGAGAAGGCCGGGCUCGUUCCUGCGGGGACCUCCGAAGGUCAAGCGGAAGACGUACCCAAACCAACUAGCUUAAAGGAGCGAAUUGCCUUACUCCAGAAGCAACAGGCUGAAGCAGCUCAACGUCAUGCUGAAGCCGUUGCAAAAAAGGAGAAGCCUAAACGUCCUCAGAAAAAGCGUACCGAGAGCGAGGAAGGGACACCAGCAGAUGAGGCGGCAGAAGCUCCGCCUCCUUUGGAAAGAAAGGACACAGCUGAAGUCGCUAGCAAAAAAUCUAUGGACGAGCCUAGACCUCCACGACUGUCAAUAAGUUCUCGGCGAAGGUCUUCUGCAGCACGUCCUGAGAAUGACGGGAACGAGGCGGACAUGUCUGGCGCAGGAGACACAACAGAAGGGCAAGAAGAUCUCACCGAGAAAGAAGAUAGUGAUGAAAAAUCUCGUCCCCAUAGAGGAACUGCUGCUGAGCCAGAAAUCCCAGAGGAUCGAGAGGGGGAAGAAGGACAGGAGGAGGAUGUCGACCCCGAGGUCAGGCGAAAGGAGGAGCUUCGUGCCAGGAUGGCGAAGAUGAGCGGUGGCAUGGGCUUCCAUGGUAUGUUUGGUCCGCCCGGGAUGAUGCCCGUCGGAGGCCCGGCGAUACCCAAGAAGCCUAAAGCUUCACCACCAUCAGAGCGCCGUUCGAGCGAAAUUCAAGACAGGCCUUCGUCGCCUAGAAUGUCCGCUCCCCCGGUGCCGACUUUGAUGGCUCUCCCUGGCAUGGGGAAACCCAAGCAGGAAGAAGAAGAAGCUGCCAAAUCCGAUCAUGAUGAGCCAGGCGAGCAAGACAUUACACCAGUUGUCAGUGCUCAGCCAACUGGCUCAGCUCCAGAACGUAAGUUUCAACCCCGGCGUGUGCUUUGUCUUAUUAUGACUACGGUAAGGCGAUUAACACGACGGUCAGCUCUGUCAAAUACAUCUAGUGCUCCACCUCCCGUCCCUGGAAGCCGACCUGCACCACCCCCGGUGCCUACAGAUUCUCGACCCCUUCCCACCGGCGUAACUUCACCCAGCCAGGGCUCCGAAUCCGAUGACGAAUUAUCCGAGAACCCCCAGAGAGCUCUCGAGACUCCCCGAAGCGAGGCUCCCCCGGCUCCCAUAGCCUCUCCUACAAUGCCGACUUCACCACGAAUUCCCAAUCGGCCGACCUCCUAUAUGGGCGAACAAGCUUCACCAACCUCCCCGCCGGUGCCAAGUAAGAGGAAUAGCCGCCCUCCGCCUCCUAUACCAGGCGGUGCUCCACCUCCCCCUAUCCAAAGUCGUCCCCCACCCCCUCCUCCCCCUGGUGGCCCCCUAAGUCGCUCUUCUACAGCUGAUGAACGAAUUGCACUCCCAAUGCGGCCUGGGACUUUGGACAACGGUGAAGAGGGUGAAGUUACUGAAUAUGAAGGCGAUUAUGACACUGACAUCGCAUCUUCGGUCCCUCAUAAGGAUGCGCUUAAGUCGCAUGCCCGGGAUUCGAGUUUCGAUGACAAUACCUCAUUGCGUUCACCGGUAACCGAUAUUCCACCUUUGCUACCCCCUCCGGUCCCCAGCGCCGCUGCUCCGAGAGCUGGUCCGCCGCCACUGCCCAGUCAACCUCCACCAGGCUCGAGGGGUUCUAUCGACGUACCUCGGGCCGCUCCUCCACCACCACCUCCAAAAGAGGCAUCGUUUAACGAUGACGAUUAUGAUCCUUUCAAUUAUAAUGCCGCCCAAAGUUCUUCUGCCGCGGCUGCCCAUAGUCUAGCCACCCAUGAUGAGCCGACACCAACACCUCAGUCGGCUUCCGCGUAUCAUUCGCCGCCUCCGCCUCCGCCAGUCACCCGAGGGCCCCCACCAGCACCGCCAGUUAAUAGGGCACCACCUCGAAAAUCAUUAGACGUGCAAAGACCAGGUGGAAGAAGAUCAGUCGACGCCUCCCGACCGUCAAUGGAAACGGGCUACGUGGCAAAUGAGAUUGAUUUAGCCGGCCAUACACAAUGGUGGCUUUCGCCAACCGGACUUCCUCCGGUCUUUCAAGGUAGACCAGAUAUUUAUACCGAAUGCGAUGAGUCAACCUCUGGGACGUCAGUUACCAAAGAAGUGUUUAUCCUAUUCCAAGAUUACUCGCAAACCGUAGUCACGGUUCAUUUCGACAGCCAAAAUCCCGCAGACGUUCAGCUUGAGCAACGCCAUGAAGCACCUCCUCGGAGCCUUCGCCAGGACGAGCUAGAAGGGGCGUACGAGCAAUUUGGUCGAGCACUAUCCAGUGCCGUUGCGACUAAGAAGGACUCAGUCGUUGGCGACGGAUCUCCGUGGGCGCUCAUCUUAGAACUUCUCAAGCCUCUGAAAGGUGUCCUACUUCCCGUCGGCAGACGCGGUUAUGGUGCCUUAGUCUACGCCAAUUUAGCUAAUGCUUCGACACAACUAAACGACGAAAUUAGACCGGGAGAUAUCAUUUCUAUCCGCAAUGCCAAGUUUCAAGGUAAACAUGGACCUAUGCACGCCAAAUACACUAUGGAAGUGGGCAAGCCGGACCACGUGGCGAUCGUCGCAGAGUGGGACGGUACCAAGAAGAAGGUUCGGGCAUGGGAACAGGGUCGCGAAAGCAAAAAAGUAAAACAGGAGAGUUUCAAGUUGGAAGAUCUUAGGAGUGGCGAAGUGAAGAUCUGGCGGGUGAUGCCGCGUAGCUGGGUCGGGUGGAGUUCAGACUAG